GGCCGCUGGUCUCGGAAACGUUUGUGUCGGAGAGAAGCGGCCGAAGCGAGGAGCGGGCGGUUCAUAUUUGAGGCGAGCAGUUCUGUGCAGAUUUAUUCAGAGCAGUCAUACAUAUUUUAUAGACACUAAGAAGCAAAACCCACUCUGAUUAGUUGUCAAUAUUCCUAGAUACUGUCUUACCUUCAUGAGCCCUACUUGAGAAGUGGGACCUCAACACCAUGUUCCCAGAGCUGGAUGAGAGUGAUGGUGAAGAGCUACCAGCCUUCCAUAGUCUAAUCAAACAGCCUCCUGAAGAGGGUGGAGUGGUUGUGCUCUGCAACUCGGACUCUGAGGGUUCCUCCAUUUCUUCUCCUGCAUGGAAAAAGCUUCGAGGGGCUCAGGAUUCAACUGAGGCGGCCCCUGGUAGAAAGGUGGUGGUGGUGCUACUCAGCAGUGAAAGUGAGGAGGAGGAAAUCAUCCCUUUGGUGGAAAGGCUUAAGAAGAAGCUUCCAGCCACCCAACCAUCUGUAGCUGGUACUUCGUUUACUAGAAUCCAAGAACAGCGCUCCCAAGACUCUGCUGGAGGCAACAAGGUGUCUUCCAGUAAUGAGGAAGCAGCCCCCGGUGGCUCGCAGCCGUCACUCCCCAGGGGCCCGGAGGCUCAGAGAAGAGCUGCACCCGGAACAUGGGAGUUGUCAGAGAGUGAUGAGGACCUGCCUUCAUGGGAACCCACAAAGCAAGCUUUGGACCAACCUUCGGUUUGUGUCUCUGACUGCCCAGUGCAAAAUGUCACCCAUCAGGUGACACAGAUCAGCCUGAAACCCUUCCCUGUUCAGACAAAUGCAAAACGGAGCCAAGAAGAGCUUGAGCAAGCUCGCCAGGCUGCCCUGCAGAGGAGGAAAGACCGAGAUGCCCAGAAGGCAUUGCAGGAGCAGGAAAGAGAGAGGAGGAAGGUUCUGGCCAACCGGCAGAAGGCCCAGAGACCAGAGGAAUGUCUGAAACACAUUCAAGUGGUGCUGGAUCCAGGUCUUCUCCAGGUCGAAGGUGGUGGACAGGUGCUCAGUGCUCUACAGGCCAUGGAAUGUAGCUGUGUGAUUGAGACCCAGGCUGUCCCCUUCAGUAUCACCUGGCGAAGGAAAACUGGACUUGCUCAGGUUGAAGGUGGUGACUUGACGGAAGAACCCAGCAUUCUAGUUCUGGUGCUGCUAGAAGACUUUGUCACCAUGAUUCGUAGCAGUAAACAGGUUGGCAUGGAAGGACCCGUGGAGACUUUGCAGAGUUUUGUUGCUAAUAUCAUGAAGAAAGCCCCAGGGAAAACUCUGGCACUUGCUGUUGUAGAACUAGAAAAAUAUUUCAGUUCCCACAAGCAUAAAUCUCAGAAGAAACUACCCCAACAAGAACAGGACGGCAGUGAAGCCCAGGAACAGGGCAGACAGCGAAAUCCGAGAGGAAGGACAAAGUCAGUCCGAGAAUUGUCCCGAGUAGACGUUGAAGAAGCUAUGGUGGAUCUGCAGCUUCACAUGGGUGUCCAAGUUCAAAUCCUAGAGAGCUGGAAGGAGUUUGGUGACUUUGCCAGAAUGUUUACUAAGGCUGUGGCUGAAACACCAUUCAAAAGGGAACGAGACAAAACCAGCUUCUCCUUCUGUUUAGAGGGGGACUGGGUUACAGGCAUGAAGGUGGACCGCUCUGGAAAGGGGUUGCUGCAGGUUUGGAAGAAGCAGAUUCAGCAAUUCAGCCGGGUCAGUCUAGAGAUGGCCAAUGCUAUUGUAGCCAAAUAUCCUUCUCCUCUGCUACUCAUGCAGGUAAGAUGUUCUGCUGCUACCAUCUUCUACU